UCUCUCUCUCUCGCUCGCUCUUCACGCCAACUGAACGCCCAACCUAAAACCAGAAUAUCCUUCGUCUCCCUCCUCGCCCUGCUGCUUCGUCUUCCUCCUCCCCCCUUCUCUCCUCUCGUAUUCUUCCCCUGUUCCUCUCCUCUCCUCUCCUAUUAUAAGCCAUCUCCUCCUCCGCUCUGUUCCUUCACAACUCUCUGGAACCUUCUAGAAGAACCACCGAGUCUUCUUUAAGCCGGAGGACACCGUUUAUGGAUCACCGAGAGGAGUUUUUCGAAUCAGAUUAAUUAUCACAUAGAGACGCCGGUUCUUUGGCGUUUCAGUUCUUUCCUCCUCCUUCCUCCGGCCGUUUUCUCUGGGAUCGAUGGAGGACGGGAAGAUGGGGAACGCCACGACGAUCCGAGCGGUGCUCGCCAUCCUCCAGUGGUGGAGCUUCAACGUCACCGUCAUCAUCAUGAACAAGUGGAUCUUUCAGAAAUUGGAGUUCAAAUUUCCUCUGACCGUGUCAUGUGUCCACUUCAUAUGCUCUUCCAUUGGAGCUUAUAUAGCAAUCAAAGUUCUUAAAACAAAACCGUUGAUUGAGGUUGCCUCGGAGGAUCGCUGGAGAAGGAUAUUCCCGAUGUCAUUUGUAUUCUGCAUAAACAUUGUGUUGGGAAAUGUCAGCCUGCGGUACAUUCCGGUCUCCUUCAUGCAGACAAUAAAAUCUUUUACUCCUGCGACAACAGUGAUUCUGCAGUGUCUGGUCUGGAGGAAAUAUUUCGAGUGGCGCAUUUGGGCCUCUUUGGUCCCUAUUGUGGGAGGAAUUCUUCUAACUUCGAUUACUGAGCUUAGUUUCAACAUGUUUGGUUUUUGUGCUGCCAUGGUUGGCUGCCUGGCCACAUCUACAAAGACUAUAUUGGCAGAGUCACUACUCCAUGGAUACAAAUUUGACAGCAUUAACACGGUGUACUACAUGGCACCCUUUGCGACGAUGAUACUGUCAGUACCAGCAAUGGUGCUGGAAGGGAGCGGCGUGAUCAACUGGCUCUACACCUACGACUCCGUGGUCCCUGCGCUGAUCAUCAUCAUCACCUCUGGAGUGCUGGCCUUCUGGCUCAACUUCUCCAUUUUCUACGUGAUCCACUCCACCACGGCCGUGACCUUCAACGUGGCCGGCAACCUCAAGGUGGCGGUGGCGGUGCUGGUGUCGUGGAUGAUCUUCCGGAACCCGAUCUCGGCCAUGAACGCGGUCGGCUGCGCCGUCACGCUCGUCGGCUGCACCUUCUACGGCUACGUGAGGCACCUCAUCUCGCAGCAGGCCGCCGUCGCGCCGAGCCCGCGCACGCCCAGAGCCCGCAUGGAGAUGCUGCCCCUCACAGGCGAAAAACAAGGGGACAAGAUUUAGCAGCUGCUGAAAACAAACUGCUAAUACCAACAUCUACAUCUACAUCUGAAAAGGGUUAGCAACCGUUUUCAGCAUCCAUCAUCAGAUUUUGGCAGACAUCUUCUACAUCUAAAAAGGGCACAGUUUUCUUUGGAUUCUUUUUGCUCGUAGGAUUUUCUUUUUUCUUUUCUUGGUCACCCAGAUUUUGUUGCUAUUAUUAUUACCGCUCCAUCCAAAUUUUUGUUUGAUCUUCAACUCCGAUCUCAAAUAAUUUUGUUGCUAGAAUUCUGAUA